AUGAUACUACUAGCGCUGAAGAGUUUGUUUUUCGUGACCGCCAUUAUCGGUUACAGCACCGGGGUUUGGCGGCUCAUUGGCAACUACUUCCAGCAGGAAUUCAAAACCUAUCUGGACGAGGAGGUAAAGAAGAACAAAUACUUACUGGUCGAUCCGGUCGUCGAAAAUUCUCCGGCUGCCGCCGCCGGGUCUUCAACAGUCGAAAUCGUAACGGAAAGCGAGGUUCGGCAAGCCGGGAAAUCGGUGACGGCCAAUCGAUUGCUGGACGAGAUGAUUGUCAACUUUGGCCGACUGUUCGCCACCAGUAACGAAGCGGAGUUUGCCAGAAAAAGAACUUCAGCAGAAACUGCGGCAAAGGAAAUCAUAACCUCAACUUCGAGAAACGUACGGAAAGAAACCGUUCCGGAUCUGGACCCGGGAGGAGCGGCGGCAGCAGGAGGAAGCAUAAUUGAAAGUGAUAAGUUUCCAAGAACUUCUUCAUCCGAAGUGGACAAUAAAUCAGAUGAGGAUGACGUUGCAAGCGAUGACGACGGUGAUGGAGAAGAAAAAUGGAUUAAAUACUGGGAAAAUCGGGAACGGGGUAUUGCGGCAGGGGCAGAUGGUGAUCGGGGUGAGGGACACUGUGAAGCGAAGCUGGACGCUUGUGGACCUUAAUCUCUUGUUAAGCGUGGGUGCUGUUAUUGUUGUUGUUGAUGCAAAAUGAGAUAAAGUUUUAUCGAGUGCAUAAUUGAGCGGUGAUUGAAUGUGAAAUGUGGAGAAGCUGGUUCGAGAGCUUGAUAGAGAAGGAAAAGUUUUAUUGGAUGACCAGCUGGAUGCAACUGUGUUGGGAGCGAACAUGCGAAGUCAAUCAACAGCUCGUGCGAUAAACUGUGGGGGGUGUUUGGAAACUUUUGCGAUAACUAUAAGCAAUUAUUAUAAUGAUCCGUCAAGGCAAGUUUAGAAGUGAAAAAUAAAUAUGGUUAG